CUAAACUCCCCUGUAUAGAGUCUGGAAGCAUCCUGCGUUACGGCGGCAGCGGGAGUCUGCCUCUAUUCUCUCAGCACUCUCUCUCUCUCUCUCUCUCUCUCAGAACAAUGGCUUCUGGGACCGGAGCGAACAAUAAUAACAACAUCGUGAUUGCUCCGCCGGCUCCUCCUCCGCCGGUGGCGGUGGAGUGGCACCAGCGGCCCCCCAACCCCAAGAACCCCAUCGUCUUCUUCGACGUCACCAUCGGCACCAUCCCGGCCGGCCGCAUCAAGAUGGAGCUCUUCGCCGACAUCGCCCCCAAGACCGCCGAGAACUUCAGGCAGUUUUGCACCGGCGAAUACAGAAAGGCAGGACUACCAGUUGGUUACAAGGGAUGCCAAUUCCACAGAGUAAUCAAGGAUUUUAUGAUGCAAGCAGGUGAUUUUGUGAAGGGUGAUGGCAGUGGAUGUGUAAGCAUCUAUGGAAGCAAGUUUGAGGAUGAAAAUUUCAUUGCAAAGCAUACAGGUCCAGGCCUACUGUCUAUGGCAAACAGUGGACCAAAUACUAAUGGCUGUCAGUUCUUUAUAACAUGUGCAAAAUGUGACUGGCUAGAUAAUAAACAUGUGGUUUUUGGGAGGGUGCUGGGAGAAGGCCUUCUGGUUGUCAGGAAGAUUGAAAAUGUUGCUACUGGACCAAACAAUCGGCCAAAGCUCGCAUGCGUCAUAGCUGAAUCUGGUGAGAUGUAAUGAGACAUCGAGCAUAUAGCUUCCAUUGUCUGGAUCUUCUAGGAGGAUUUCUAUAGGCUUAUUGAUAUGAAGAGUUUUUUAGUCUAGAAGGGAAGUAUGUUUAUUUCCAUCUGAAACUAGCAAAAUUUAUGUCUGCAAAGGCACCAAGCCAUGAAUCAACAGAAUGCAAUAGUGCAUUGAUGAAGAGCCUUUGCUCCUGCAACUUGUACCUUUUAAAUGGAAAUAUAAUCAGAUUCUUGGGGUGUUCAAUGCUGGCAAUAUAUUUUUCUUUUA